AAUCCUCUUUCACAAACGUUUUAAAGAGCUAACGUUAAUCUUUCUCCUAGACUUGAAAUUAUCUUUAGGAUGCCCUUCCCCGUGUGUCGUGUACAUGAGACAUGGCCUGGUUUAAUGUUCAUCCCCAUGUACAGCAGGUGGCAGCAUUAGCAGGCUGAAGUUUGCACUGGGCUCCAUCUUGUGUCGAUCAACUGUUGCUAUAGGCAGCGUUUGUAACGAAAUGACAGAGUUGCACCAGGCAGCAGCAGCCGGGGAUUUCGAUCAAGUUGAGGAGAUUCUGGGGCAAAAUAAAUGCAAUCCCAAUCAGAGAGACAUCGACUGGAGCUACAAGACACCCCUUCACUGGGCAGCAGCUAAAGGACAUACAGAGACGGUGAGGAUCCUUAUUGAGCAUGGAGCCAGGCCGUGUCUGAGGACGGAGCAUGGAUGGACCCCUGCACACUUUGCUGCAGAGUCCGGCAGGCUGGCCGUGCUGCGGCUGCUACAUUCCCUUCAUGCCCCUAUAGACAAGGAGGACUGCUGUGGAGACAAACCGCUGCGGAUAGCUGAAAUAUAUGGACACCAGGACUGCGUUCGAUUUCUCAAAAAUGCAGAAACUGAAUGCCAGGCCUACCGCAAGUUGGCAGCUGAAAAAGGGAUUUCAAUGGAUGACACAGAUGAGGAGUGGGCAGAACAAGGCAAAGAAAAUGAAGAAAACGGGAUCGCUAAAAGCAACAUCCAGAUGCUAGCUUAACUCCCUUGUACAUCCUUGCAGUGUUUCUGUGGCAUUUCAGCACUUUAGUAAUGAAAAACAUUUAAUAUACUGCAUUGCUUGUCUAUUUGACAUUGAUAUAUAGUUUAAAGCAACAAACAAAAAAUACAGUAAGGAGUUUCUAAUCAGAAACACAAAUAUCUAUUAAACAAACAUUACAACAUUGCACAGUGGACUUUAAAGGGUUAUUUCAGUGUUGCUGUCCCCGUCCACAGUAGUGGUUAUAACAAAUAAAGAUUAUAGGCUACAUUGCUUAGUUUCUGUGCCUGUCCUCCCGUCUCCUUCUCCAAAGUCCAAACUGGGCAUGCCGACCACCACUGUAGCUAUUACACUAACUAUGGAUAAGUACAGCAUACAACCCCACCUAAAAAAUCCAAACCCUUUAACUUGUAUCCCUGGUAAUAGCAGUAAAAUCAGACAAAAUGGAAUGUCGCUAAUUUAGUCCCUCUAGGAUUUUGUGAUCGCAACUAUUAACACAAAUUCAACAAAUCCCCAUGAAUUUAGCACAACUUGCGAUUUUGACCAAUCACCGCAACUUUUUAGCAAAUUUGACCUAUCAUCGCCGUUUCCUGCAAAACGUUGUCAAACGUGAGCUUGUCACAAAACACAUCAGACGUGUCAUACCAACGUCUCACAUUUGCUGAAAAAAAAAAAGGACUGUGAAACACAGUCUCUGGAUCUUCUUUACCAAGACCGUUUUGCAAAACCUACAGUAUUGUGGUCAAACAUAAAAGGAAAUCGUCUAUUGACAAACACUUCACAUGGAGGACGUCUGAGGAGACAAUUCACUGUGACACAGGCUGUCACACCGCUGUCAGUUGCAAGCAUGGUUAGGGUUAGGGUUAGGCCUGCGAAAUCCUGGCGGGACUGUUUAAUGAUUGAACUAUAAUUCUACAGUCUAAAAAAUCACCUCUACCUUUACAGUUUUUACAGUUUCAUUGCAAAACAAUCGCAACAAUCCCUAGGAAGGCCCGCAAAAUCCUUGUGGGAUUGCUAUUUAAUGUGGUUUUAUGUGUAAAAUGUAGUUUGUUUGGAUUUAAGAGUGCACAAAUUUGAGAUGAUUUUCACUUGCUCACAGAUGACUCAAACUUUGUAGAGGUGUCAGUAGUUGAUAUUGGAUCCUGGCGAACAGAGGAGAUGGUUGUGUAAAAUUAAUCAGUUGCCGUUUUGGUAUUUUACAUUUGCUUAUACUCAGUUUAGUGCACUUACUUUGCAUUUUAGACGUUUCAGCAGGGCUUCACGGGUCUGUCAAAAUGGAAUUAAAACAUUUUUAAUGCUGCUAUACUAAA